AUGAUGACGACAGCCCCCGGUCUUUGCCCUACCUCACUUGGUCAUUCCCGCUCAUUCUCAGAGGAGUCAUGGGAUCCCGUGCGCGCCUACACGUCGUCACUAGGUCCUCCGGCUUGUCGGAACCUUUUGAUCUCACCGAAACUAAGCGUCACAAAUAUCUCAGACGCUGGUGAUCAGCAGCAAUUGCGUGAAGAACGCAAUCUUUCGCCUCCAGAAGUCUCAUUCGACGAGGACCUAGCGCAGUCAUUAGCCUCGUUGCCACCCCUAGGCGAUAGGUAUGAGCUACAACAGGAGAUCAUGGAUGCGCGUCUGAGUACACGAGACAACGAGGGCCAGAUCGAGACAUUCAUUCCCAAGGCCAAAUUACGUCAUGUGAUAACGGUCGACGCUGUAACGCGAGAACUAACUAGGACUGCGAUGCAACCCACAGUGCGGCUUUCAUCCGAAGAAAUACAAUCCUACGCAAGGAUAGUGUGCACAGAAACUGAGGAUGAAAGGCAAAAGGGAACCACCAAAAUCACGACGUUUCGCAAAAUAUUUGCACUCUUGGUGCUAAUCGAAGCUGUUUCUUCCAUCGUGGACUUCGUGAGAGAGGGGGUCACGGAUCAAGAUCUACCCCUCGUGAAACAUGACGAAACCGGGGAACUGUAUCGCAAAGGCGAUCAAAUCUGUGUUCCUCGUGGUUGCUUCAAGGGGUGGUCACCCUUGAAGCUUGAGAACUUCCAACGCUAUCAGUGGUGGCUACUUGCGACAUACUUUUCGCCACCCGACGACGACGGAGUAGUAAAGAACUACAAACUCCAAGACCAGCACAUCCUCCCUUUCCUCACCCCGGGCAAUGCCUUGAGUCAGUCUAUUGACAAGACUGGUGGCUACGGGAGAGUAAUCAUGGUGAAGAUACCCUCCGAUCACCACAAUUUCAGUGACACGCGGCUUUGCGAGCGCGGUUUCGCCGUCAAACAACAAGUUCACGACGAAAAUCGCGACGCUUACAAGAGAGAGAUAGAGAUACUAAUGAAGUUCAGUGGCGGGCGAAGUCAUCCACACAUAGUCUCCUUGCUUGCAACGUAUGAACAGUUCAACAGAUUCAAUCUGAUCUUCUACCGCGCGGAAGGCGAUCUAUUCGACUAUUGGAAGAAGCUCAAACCAUACCCGGUCCUCCAUCACAACAAUGUCAACUGGUUUGCCAAGCAGUGUAGCGGGCUUGUCGAGGGUUUGUCGAAACUUCACAAGCUACUUUCGUUCACCAAACCUCAGCUCAAGAUCGAGGAAGAGCAAUCAGAAUACUCAUACGUGGAGAAGGACCCUGAACUUCCUGGGAUACGGGCCAAGGUCAAUCCGAGAGUCACUGCCUCCAAGGUCAGAAGCUCCAGCAGUACAACCGAUCGCAUCAAGAAGGAGACGCUUGAGCCGUAUACCCAGACUCAAGUCUCCUUUGGUCGCAUAACCUCGAAUGGAUUGAUUGAGACCAUCGUUGUGCUGGGCCGGUCGAUGAGCAAGGAGCAGGCUAUGAGCCGCAUUUUCGAAUGA